AUGGCGGCAUCUGCGCUGGAGACGUCGGCGGACCGGAGGACCCUCAUCAAGUCCUUCGUCGCGUGGAAAAUUUUCCUCCUCGCCAUCGCCUUGGGAAGCUCCACCACGCCAUCAUAUGACACCUCCACUUCGCUAGCUCUCAGCCUUCCGCCCGACCACAUCUCAUCCUCCUCAGCCUCCCGCCCCGAACCUUCCUUGUCCUGGACGGAUAUCCUCGCAGUCCGACUGACCCGCUGGGAUGCCAUUUACUUUACCCAGUCUGCGAACCGCGGUUAUGUCUUCGAGCAGGAGUGGGCCUUUGGCUAUGGGAUGCCCCUCGUCGUCUCCAAGCUCAUCCUACCUGUCGCCGCGCGCCUCGGCCUAGCCUCCUCGUCCUCUGUCAAGUCGGCCGCCCUGGCUGCGAUUUUUGUCUCUCACCUAAGCCACUUGGCCACCGUGCUCCUGUUCUACACCCUAACCCGCCGCCUUUUCCCUAACCGCGGGAGGCUUGCUGUUACCGCGGCCUUGCUACAUGUGGUAUCGCCCGCCGGCCUCUUUCUUUCUGCCCCUUACGCUGAGUCGUUGUUCGCUUGCCUCUCGUUUGCUGGCUAUGUCAUCUACAUCUCAUCAGCGCCCGAGCCAUCCAAGGCGCCGACAUUUUUGCACGGCAUCAGCCUGAUUCUCUCUGGUGCAGUUUUUGGUCUUGCGACCGUCUGCCGGAGCAAUGGAAUCUUGAAUGGCACCAUCUUCGUCACGGAGCUGGUGGCCGCCCUUCACGUGUUCGUCCUCUCGCCGCGGCUCACGACUGCCUUGGCCGCUGCUGCUUAUCUACGCUAUUGUUCCGAUGCAUCCGGCAGUGGUGGGAUGCGACCCUGGUGCGGCCAACUAGUACCUAGCAUCUAUAACUUUGUCCAAGAGUAUUAUUGGAAUACCGGCUUUCUCCGCUACUGGACUCCGGGAAAUAUCCCUCUCUUCUUGCUAGCACUCCCCAUGCUCGGUCUCAUGUUUACAUCGUCCUAUACGUUUGCGGCGCCCCUCGUGACAAAAGUUGGGUCCCUAGACACCAUGAGCCCUUCUAACCGUCUCCUCCUAUCCCUCUCUAUCGGUCAAGGCCUCCUCGCACUCCUCGCCUUCACCAGCUACCAUGUCCAGAUCAUCUCGCGUCUCUCCUCAGCCUAUCCCAUUUGGUAUCUUUGGGUAGCUCAGUCACUUUCAAGUAAGGCUGCCGGCAAUUUCCCACGCCAUGUCGUCAUGUACAUGGUCUUGUAUGCUACCAUCCAAGGCGUACUGUUUGCAUCCUUCCUACCUCCAGCGUAG